UAACUAUUUUAAACUCUAGAAUAAAAACAUAAAUUCCUUCAUUAAUACAGUUAAUUAUCCCAAUCUUGAACAUCUGGCCCUUUAUGUGACAAAAAUAACUUUGGCUGUCUUAGAACUGUCUUGCCCUCAACCUUAGGCCCCAAGUUUCACUGGAGCGAAAUUGUCACUGGUAUGUGCCAUUUCUGUCACUGCCAUGAGUGAAUAUUUUACAAGAUAGCUACACAUAGCAGUUUCUUCUAUAGGAACGCAUUAUGUAUGUGUAUGUGCCCCUAAACUUGCUUUCAAGCAACCUAACAAGGAAGGCUGCAAUUACAAUCUUCCAAAGGUUCAAGAUUAACCCUGUAUUAUUCAAAGGAAUGUCCCUUCAUUGAGAAACUUUAAAAUGUGGAAUCACGGGUUUGACCUGAAAAAAAAAACGGAAGAGCCCCUAUCCACCAGUCAUCACACCGGUGUUGAUGAAGAGAUUGCAUAGAAGAUGAAGGGGUAUCCUGUCAGCCACAUUCUUCCCUUUCGACUACCCCUCCUAGCCCUUCCCACUUUGCUGCGUAUGGCAGCUAUAUAACCAAGGAGACCAAGAGAUACUUUCAACUGCAGAUCAACUUCAGUGAUCUACCUACCUACCUGAUCCAGAUACGGACCUUCCAGCAUGUCGUUCAGCAGCAGAUCUUACGGCCAGAGGACCAUGAGUGUUUACGGUGGAGCAGGUGGCCGUGGCACCCGCAUCUCCUCAUCCCAGCAGAGCUACGGAGCAUCCUCUGGAGACUUCAACCUGUCUGAUGGCCUGGACCUCCACGUCGGGGCCAACGAGAAGGCCACCAUGCAGAACCUGAACGACCGUCUGGGCUCCUACCUGGAGAAGGUGCGCAAUCUGGAAAAGGAGAACAACAGAUUGGACAAGCAGAUCAGAGAGUGGUACCAGAGCAGAACUGUCAUCUGCCACGACUAUACCAAAUACUUUGCCAUCAUCGACGACCUGAAGGACAAGAUUCGCAUCGCCUCCAGGCUUAAUGCCAAGUCAGUCCUGGACAUUGAUAACGCAAAACUGGCUGCUGAUGAUUUCAAAAUGAAGUAUGAAAACGAGCUGGCCAUGAGGAUGGCUGUGGAGGCGGACAUCUCUGGACUGAAGAGGGUGCUGGAUGAGAUGAACCUGGCCAAAAUGGAUCUGGAGAGUCAGUAUGAGGCCCUGAAAGACGAGCUCAUCAUGCUCAAGAGGAAUCACGAAGAGGAGUUGGCUCUUCUGAGGAGUCAGAUGGGCGGCCAGGUCAAUGUGGCCGUGGAUGCUUCUCCCUCUACAGACCUGAACCAGGUUAUGUCAGAGAUCAGGGAACACUACGAGAGUGUGAUCGGCAAGAACCGCAAGGAACUCGAGGUGUGGUACCAGAACAAGAUUACAGCAGUGGAGCAGGAAGUGAACACACACACAGAGAUUCUGGUGACGUCCCGCACAGAGGUUAAGGACCUGAAGAACGCCCUCCAGAGGCUUCAGAUUGAACUGCAGUCCCAUUUGAGCAUGAAAGCGUCUCUGGAGGGCACACUGGCAGAGACUCAGGCGUGCUACGCUGCACAGCUAGCAAGCCUCCAGAACAUGGUCACAAGCCUGGAGGCUCAGCUGUCCCAGCUCCACGCCAACAUCGCCAGCAACAAGCAGGAGUACGACAUGCUGCUAGACCUCAAGACCCGGCUGGAGCUGGAGAUCGCUGAGUACAGGAGGUUGCUGGAUGGGGAGGAUGACAGUUCAAGACAAGUGGUCAAAAAGGUCAUCACAGUGGUGGAGACAGUUGUGGAUGGAAGGGUGGUCGAGAGCAGCAAGACUGUUGAUACGGACGUCGAUGAGAUUAAGUGAUAAAUUGGAAGCAAUAACAAAAAUCAAUAAAGAUC